AUGAGCCUACAAACCGGCGCCGCUCUCAUCACGCUUUCCCUUCUCCUGAACAAGAUUAGUGGGGUCUACGGCCUGCUUGCCCUCUUGACCAGCUACCAGCUCUCCCCCUUCCAGCUGUCGAUGUACAUAUACUCAAUCCUGGGACUGGCGGUGACCGCUGUACUCGCACCGCAUAUCCGACUACAGUCCCCUCUACAGUGUCUUGCGCUGGCUUGGUUCUACCUGAUCGACAGCGUCAUCAAUGCGGCAUAUACAGCUGCCUUUGCUGUGACUUGGUUUCUUGUUAUCUCCCAACAGCAGAGUGAUGCAAGGCCCGGCAGCUCGAUGGUGGCGGGCACAGCCGGUUUCACCAGUCCGACAGUCAACGUCUCUUCCGACAUUGGUUCUUCGGAAGGCACUACAUCCAGUGCUCAACCAACCUCCGUGCCGGCCAGAGCUAACGGUGCGGAUUCAUCUGGCUCCGCCAGUCUUGGAAACGGCGUUUUGCAGCCAGAAAGCUUGCAGAGCAUUGCUAUUAUAUGCACAUUGUGGACCAUCCGUGUGUACUUUGUGUUUGUCAUGCUGGCAUUUGCCCGUCAAUGCAUACUGCAAUACGCUUUCCACGCCCGGACAUCAGUUGACUCCCGCCGCCGAACUUCGAUCCACACGCAUAACCGGAACCCCUCGAUACUCAGCAACAUCGAUAGCGAUCCGAACCCAUUCAACCCUAGAUCACCAGAGGGACAAGGGUGGAAGGGCAAAUUCGGUCGGAUUAUGGUGUCUGUGGGCCGCAGCUACUGGCUUGAAGAUGAUGAUCAUAGCUGGAUGAACGGUAUGAAUAGGAAAUUCCGCAAGAGCGUUGACCCGUUUAGUACGGGCAAUAAUAACCCAGGGAGUGGAAUUUCUGAGCGAGAAAGACGUCGCCGAUCUGGGACUGGACCUCCGCUACCUUCCAACGCUGUUGUGCAAGCUUCGAUGAUGCAGCAACAGCAGCAGCAGCAGGCUCACAGUAACAACCACAGCCGGAAUCAGUCACUAGCAGGCCAAUCAGUCAAAAUGUACGACUUGUCGGAAGCUCGGUAGAGAUGAGCGAGGGAAUGAGGGUAUAACAUAACCGCCUGUUCCUGGUAUACAGAGGGGUCACUCAGGCGACACAAGAAACCAUCGUCAUACAUUGAGAAAGGGAAACAAAAUGCGAAUGAUAGGAAAUCAUCAUACACAGACUGAUUGCAUCCCUCGAUCGAUAUAUGACCACGACUUCACUUCCUUUUUCACCUACUUAAGUUUUACCAUUGACAAAACUACAUUCCCUACCAAUCAACCGUCGCUCAGCCUCCAUCAGCAGAAAAGGUGAAAAAAAAAACAUAUUCCCAUUUAGGCCCGACGAAUAACGAAAACCGCCAAGCGGAAUUGCGAUAAAUUGAUUCGCAGGUGCGAAUUCAAUUUUAUAGCCUCCCUCCCUGUUGCUUUCCUCAUGCAUAUCGAUCGACCCGAGCAUAUAUUUAUAUUUAUGCACAUACAUACAUAAACAAUUACUACGAGGACAACGACAGCCUCCUGGAUGAUAAUAAGUUAAGGGAACGGAGAAUUCGAGGGCGGUAUUUUGUAUUUCUCCUUCUCUUUUUCUCCAAUCCUCUCUGUUUCAAAUUUCCCUCCCCGCCCAACCUCGUUUUUUACGAUGUUUAGCUUUUCUUCCUCCCCGCUGCC